AUGGGCUCCACACCAGCAUUCACUCACUUCUCCAAAGUCCAAUCCGAAUUCAAGCCUCCUUUGAUUGCCAACGAGAACGCUUACCUUGGCGACGUUGCAAGCAGCGAGAAGGUCGACCCUGAGAAGCCCAUCAGCUGCGGCAUCUACAGACUCGAAAAGGGCACUCCUCUCGUUUACACUUAUACAUACCAUGAGAUGAAGAUUAUCCUGGAAGGAGAAUUCGACAUCAGUGAUGAGACCGGUCAAUCCGUUCACGCCGUUGCUGGUGAUGUCUUCUAUUUCCCCAAAGGCUCAGUCAUCACCUUCAAGACCAACACUUACGGCCUCGCCUUCUACACUGGUCAGCGGAAGGAGGAUGCUGCAUAA